GGCAUCUCUGAAGCGUUUUCAGAAAAAGCUAAACAGAGCAUUGUUUCUCAUUCUCCUCUUAUUGAAACGGCAAGAAAGAGACACAGACCAGCAUCUUUGCAAUCUUCCCCAGUGAACCAGAAUGAAACAGAUGCAACGGCGCGUGAAGAAGGGGUUAGUGUGGAAGGUGGACCUACGACAAUGGCAAAAGCCGCAGUAUGAAGUCGCAAGCUUGGAUUGUAUUUUGAUGGAGGAGCAGUUAUUGGGUUAUGAGGGUGAGAUGUACCGAUUGGACCAUGCAGAGCACAUUGCUGGCAGGUUCGAUCGAGUGGUGCCUCGGAUCUUGCGCACCAGGAGGAAUUUGAUGACACGGCUGCUGGAGCAGAUUAGGCCAUAUCUCAGACGAGUCAGGUUUGAGUAUGCGGCCUAUAUGGUCGAGUUCGAGCACGAUUGGCCACUUGCCUCGGCUUUGAUAGAAAGGUGGAGACUUGAGUCCCACACGUUUCAUUUACUGUGCGGAGAGAUGACUAUCACCCUGCAGGACGUGGCCUAUCAGUUGGGACUCAAGAUCGACAGUGAUCCUGUGAGUGGAUGCAUUGGUGGGUGGGAGCAGCACCAUCAGGGAUGCACCAUCGAGGAGUUAUGUGAGAAGAUUCUGGGUGUUGUUUCCAACCCAGACGACAGAGAGUCACAGACGAAGUAGACUGUGAAGCUCACUUGGUUCCACAACACGGUUUGUGGAGAGCUGGAGUAGGACAUCACAUAGGUGUGCCUAAUGAGGUACACAAGAGGGUACAUUAUGCAGUUGAUAGGGGACUUUCUAUUCCCAAAUGCAUCUGACUCUCAGGUGCACAUCAAGUGGCUCCCCCUACUGGAGGACCUUGAUACGUGUGGUCAGUUAUCGUGGGGCUCGACUGUACUGGCAUGGCUGUACCACCAAAUGUGCCAUGCCACAGAGCAUGGUCAACGUAAUUUGGGUGGGUGUGUCAGCUUGCUGCUGUCCUGGGCUUAUCACCAUAUUCUGCUGCUACGGCCUGACGGCUUUAAUACUCGUCGAUUUCCUUUGAUGGAGAGGUAUUAUAAAUACUUACAAUAACAUUUCAUAUUAUUAUUACUUAGUUAAUUAAAUUGAGAGAUACACAGGAUGUACAAACCGCUUCCAAUCAAGUCUUGCAUGAGAGCAAGUUGCGAGGGCGUGACGACAAGGAAGGUGAAGAGCCUGAAAUAUCCACAACGACACUUACCCUUAUUAAGUAGCACCUGAUAAUUCUGUUGCCUAGACCCAGGAACUGCCGCUAACUCUUCAACCGUGAAGUUUGUCCCCGAUCGAUCAAAUUGGUACACAUUCAUAGUAUUCACGUGCUUAGAGUUGAAGUCUAUGGCUUUCACCAAUGUCUAAGAGAAUUCAGCACAGACUUGAAGUUGGGCCAGUGCCUCGGAACACUUCCUUGCAAAUAGUUCACCCAAUCAGAAAUAACUUGACUUAACAAGAGCCGUGAUCGACAAAUUGCAGGAACCCUUCAUAAUAGCGUUAAUGCACUCGGAGAUAUUGGUCAUCAGAUGACCAAAUCGAAGACCCUCAUCAGCAUACUGUGCCCACCGUGACCGUGGCAUUUCUUCAAGCCAGUUUGUGAUUACUAUAUUUUUUCCCCUCAGCCGGCCAAAAUAAUGAGCAAACUCACGCUACGACUUUGAAUACGCUGCGUUAAUAAGAACCUUCUUCAAGUUUUUGUUCUUAAAGUGACUCAUGAAGUUGGCUGCAAUGUGUCUUGUACAAAAUGCCUGGAAGGCGUGAGGUGGUUUCCAUAAACUCCCUUCGCCGUUCAGUAUACCAUCAAUGGAUUUGUGUCUGUUUGAAAUCAUUAAGAGCCCGGGUUGUGGUGUGACAUGCUCUUGCAGGUACGACAGAAAGAACGACCACGUCUCCUUUGUCUCACCCUCAACAACGGCAAAUGCAAUAAGCAGAAUGUUUGCGUUGCCGUCUUGAGCUAUGGCCAUCAGUAAGGUCCUACUGUAUUUACCAUAUAAGUGAGUGCCAUCAAUGGAAAUAAGUGACUUGCAAUGCUUUAAAGCCUCAACACACAGUGGAACGUCCAAAAGACCCGAUAAAACAUGACUGUGUCGGUGGAACCAAGCCAAGGCUGAGUCACUAGUUGCACCUAAGUACCUAAAGAGACAUAAUUAGUUGGCUUAUUGUACACGUCUGAAUUUUUUAACAGUGAAUAACCAAAGUUGAAAUAAAUCUUAUCAGGCAUGUACAUCUGCAUAGUGAAUAACCAACGAGGAAGCUCGUUGUAUGACUCCUCCCAAUUGCCAUAUAUUCUAGCAAUGACUAUCUGUUUUGUAAGCCAAACCAUUCUGUAGGACGCCUUGUAACCAAAGUGAUUCUCUACACCUCAUUGGAUAACCCUGAUGCUGAUUAGAUUAGCUUUGACUAUCGUGAAAAUGUGUUGUGUAAUCACUUUCGAAUUUAACCUACCAUGAUAUUAUCCCAUCAAAGUUUGCAUGCAAGAAUGAGGCCCAGUGUAUCACCUAACCUCCCACUUUUCUUGAUUUUGGCGAUAUGAUAUGAGUAUGCUCCAAUUACAACCAGGUCUAAACUGGAUACACUAUGCAUUGUACCUCAACUGGUCACUCUCUACUAUUUUGUAAUCCGCAGCCCUCUUGAUACUAUACUGCUUAACUACCAACAUGACUUUUUCUUUGUUAUUAAAUUGUUUUCCAACCUCAAACUCGUUGCUUGGAUCCUCUUUAGGGCCUCCCUGGGUAAACAACCAAUUCGAAGUCAUUGUAUCAAGAUUCAACCUCGUGAAAUAAUCCGGCCGGUCAUAUGGUCGAGAAAUGGCAGGCUGUAUAAGGGUGAUCUGUGUGUCACCGUAGUAGUUCAUCUCUUCUUCCUCAUCACCAUCAUUAGAAAUUUCAGGUGGUUCUUCAUCAGCAUCGUCUCUGUCGUCGGGGUUAACUUCAUACUAAUCCAUCAUCGGAUCUCUGAUAGUAGAACCAUCAUGACUUUCAACACCGUCGUCCAUUAUGUCAACAUUACGAACUUCAACAUUAGACCGCUCCUGACUACCUUUAGGUGGCAUAUUUAAAUCUACCAUAGUUCUUCUGAUAGUUCGUCUAACAGCUCCACUCAACAGAGUAUCAUCGACAGUAUCUGCAGAUGAUCCUCAACCACCCACUUCAACGAAAUACACGAAUAAUUCCAACAGAUGAAUAUUUGACCAUCAGUUGUGCCACGACCUUAUAAGCCAUACGUCCUCGUCAUCGCGCAAACAGUACCUAAUUAAAGAAAAUAAAAAUAUUUCUCACAACUGUGGUCUGAUAAAUAUAAUAGCAAUAGAGACAAUACAACUAUAAUAUACUUUUGAGUAAAGUGUCGUUUUUAUCCCCAAUGUUUGGGGUAAGUCUUAAAGUUGUCCCUAACGUUUCAAUCGUCCUAUUUAAGUCCCUAACGUUUCAAAACUGACUCAAUGUUGUCCUGCCGUUAGGGAUCCGUUAACAGAAUUGACGGCGAGACAAAAUUGAGACUAUUUUGAAAUGUUAGGGACUUAAAUAGGAUGAAAACGUUGGGGACAAAAAUGAUACAUAGAAAUAAAUUUUAAUUUU